GAGCUUGAUUACUAUUGGCGGAAACAGUAGUGUAUGUAGAGGCUUUCCUGCGCCAGGCUCUCUACCUCAGUAGUGUUGAGGUGCUGGAGAAGGUUGGAGGUCAUCAGCGAAAUGCUUCUUCUGACUAUUUGCUGCUGUCUGCUAGGUGUGGUGUGUGCUGGUCCUAGGCAAGAUGACAUUGUCGACGCAGCCACAGAUCAAGAAGCUGGAGACUUGAAAACAAUGGCUUCUCUGGUAGACAUAAUGUCUGAGGCUGACGUGACAAGUUAUGAAGACAUCUUGGCCAGUAAUCCAGAUAAAGAUGCAUCAUGGAUUCUCCACUAUAUAAAAGAAAACGAAUUAGCUGACUUAGAUGAGGAAAUGGUUGAAGAAUAUUUCAAAGGUUUCAUAAGGAUGGAAAUGACAUCAUUAAUGGAACUGGUCCCUGAACCCCUGGCAAGAUUCUCUGGACUAAGGUCUAGGGAGUGCUCAACAAUGAAGCUCAUGGGAGAAUUCAAAUCUGAUCCAAGAAAAGUAAAGCAGUCCAAUUCCAUGGAUCAAAUGCCCCUCAACGAAUAUUCUAAGAGGAAUAUGGCAUAAUGCCAAAAGUAUUUAAACUGAGUAUAUACUUCCUUGUCUGUGGCUUACUGCAUACUGUAUUUUGUCUGACAAAAUCUCCAUGUCGACCUGAUUCAAUACCAAUUAGUACUCUUCAUAAUUUUCCAGUUUAUGAAUUGGUAAUUUAAGCAAACUUAAAUCAAAACAAAACUAAAACCUGUUAAGAAAGCAAUUUUAAAAAGAUACUGUAUCAUUUCAAUUUGGUACAGAGAUUUACAAUAUUUACUGUAAACCUAUUAUCUUGAAGGAAAAUAAACAUUUGACAGUUUAGCCUUUUGUAUUUCCUUCAGUGCUGUAUAGCCCUUGUGGCUUAGCGCUUCUUUUUUAUUAUAAUGUAUUUAAUUCAGAAAUAAAUAAGGAUGACAGACUUAGGCAAAAACCAUAAGUAUGUUCAAACAUAUGGUUGACUGACCAUAGAAUGGCAUACAAAUUUAAUUACAAGCAAUUAUAGUUAAAUUGUAUUAUAUAACUUUAAUAAGAGAACUAAAAACCAGCCCUAUUUUUAUUCA